AUGAUGCGCAUCAGUGGCCCCAGGGCCCGGUUUGCUCUCCUUGCUCUAGUCGUCUUUGCCCUGUGCUCGUUCGUGCUUGUAGGGCCCUACAAAGUAACGCCAUCACAUCUAGCACCAACAUCGGUCGAGAAGAAGCUGGGUCGUACCAGCGAAGCCGUGCUCACCGGACAUGCGAUCGCGCCAAAGUUGGAGAAUGCGACGGCAAAGGCAGAACUCGGUCGCGCCGCGUGGAAAGUCUUACACACAACCUUUGCUCGCUUCCCCGAAAGCCCUACCGACGAGGAGCAAGAGGCACUGCGGUCAUACGUACACCUGUUCCAACGCCUGUACCCUUGCGGGGAAUGCGCAGAGCACUUCGGGCAAGUACUCGCAAAGUAUCCUCCUCAAGUAUCGUCGCGGACAGCAGCCGCCAUGUGGGGUUGCUACGUACACAAUAUCGUCAACAAGAGGCUGGGCAAGCCCGAGUUCAGUUGUGAAGAUAUAGGUGAUGCAUAUGAUUGUGGUUGUGGAGACGAGGAGCCGACAGCAUCGAGCAAAGACACAGCUGCAUGA